UUUGAUUGUUUUAUUAAAAAUAUCUGCUGAAAAACUUUUUAAAAACGAAACUUCUACUAAUAUUUAGAGUGCCACGCCACCUGGUCAUCCAAUCACAGCUGUUGUUUUGAUUGCUCCAAAAUUUUGAACGUGUUUUUGUUGUUAUACACUUCUUCAAGAUAGAAUGUUAAUUUAAAAUUUAUUGAAUUAAAAUAUUUUUAAAUACAGGAAAAAUUUAAGUUUUCCAAAAUUUAACAUAGCAUUUUCUCAAAGUUUCUUUUAGUAUGUAGUUAUUUUAAAAUAAAUAAAGUAAAAGUUAAAAUACCAUUAAAAAUAAGUAUAUGUUAUUAAUUUGAAAGCGAUUUCAUGACUAAAGUAUGUUCGCAAACGCACCAGCGCUUUUCGAGGUAAAAGAAAAUGAAAUUGUGUUUGAAGAGAUUUGCCACAAAUUGAAAGAUCACCCAUUUGAUUCACCUUGGGCCUUAAGUUUUCAAGUAGAAAAUGAAAAUAUCUGUGAAGUUGAAGAAAUAAAUGUACCCAUAAAUAACUUGAAAAUUAAAGAUGACGAAAUAAAACCGGAAGAUAAGUUGUCUAACAAUGAGACUCAUAUUAGGAAAUUCUUUCAGAUCGAAGAUAAUAUUGAUGAAGAAAAAUUUCUUCCUCUGAAAACAAGUUUAUUGUCUAUUCAAGAUACCAAUUCUGUUGAAGAAAUAGCUUCUAUUGAUUUACUUAGUAGUUUAACAUUAUCUCAGGUCCCACAUUUUUGUAAAUUUAUUGAAGAUGCAGUUUUGAAUGAAACAUCAUUAGCCAUUUUCCUAAACUCAAUUUCUAACUUGGAGAAGCCUUUGAGUAUUACAAUAACUUUAGCCAUUUUCAAUAAAAUUAUUUAUCCUAAAAUAUUAAGUUUUAAGUGCAGCAACUAUCGUAAUCUUUCUUCUUCAAUUAUGAAAUUUUUUAUGGUUCAUCCAAAAGCUAUUUUAGAAGGAUUAUUAAUUCCUUGUUUGAAAGAGCAUUCUUUAGAAACAUCACUUCAAGAAAUAUUGCUUAAAGUGGUUAAAAGUAACCUGUCUGAUGAACAUGUCACUUACUUUAUUCAGAAAAUUGUCAAUGAAGAUUUAGUCCCUGAAAAUACAUUUUUGGUUCUACAAACUCUUAUAGAAAAGAAGAUACCAUACAAUUGCAGUUUGCACAAUAUCUUAGCUCAUAGGAUGGAAAGUUGGGCUCCCACAUAUUCCUCCAAUAUGAAAUUUACCAAAGUUUUAACCAGCAUUUUGUCUAUAUAUGGAUCUGAGUUAUCUGAACAACAACUGAAAAUGUACAGUGAUAUUGUGAAAGCGAAUCAAACUAUAAUGAAAAGAGCUGCUCAAAACAUUUUGAAAAAGUUCAAGUUAGACUGAAGUUUUUCUAUUAAAUCAUAUAAACAAAUUGCUUAUGUGUAAGAGUUUAUUUUAUAAUAAAAAAACUGUUACAAAACAAAUA